AUGCCUUUCCGCCAAGCGAAUCUCGCCGACAUACAUCAUGGAGCACAUAUUAUGGCCACAGCUUUCCAGGAUGGGCCGAUCUUGGGUCGAUAUCUCCAUCCGUAUCGUGAACAACAUCCAGACGGCAUGUACCUGUAUUUCCUCCGGAAACUUAGACUAGCCUACGCACGAGGGUUACCAGACGACAUCUUACUCGUAACAUAUGACGUUAAUUCAUCUGACAAGGAGCAACAAAUCACAGGCUUCGCACACUGGCACCGUAAACGAGCAGAAUUAAUACCACGAUCGCUCCACAGCACUGCUAUCUUACAAGCAACAAAAGCAUACAACUACCUCACCUCCCUCAUUUGGCCAAACCUUGCUAUCGAGCCUUCCCGGGCAGGUCUCUUCCAGCAGAUCGAUCCUUUCAUCUCACAUCACUGGGCGGGUUCCAGAGCAGAGGUGUGGAUGCUCGAGCUUAUUGCCGUCGAUCCCAUGACUGGGAAGAAAGGUUAUGGACGUCAGAUGCUGGAAUGGGGUAUGCAGCGAGCGAAAGAAGAUGGCUUGGCGUGUAGCCUUAUCGCUGGUAAAGGCGCUGUAGGCUUCUAUCGGCGUUGCGGGUUCGAUAUUGAGGUAGGCACAUUGACUGAUGAGGGUGGGGAUGACAACCCCAUGCGUAGGGCUGGGGUUGAGGGGGGCACCAUCAUGUUCUAUGAGCCUUGA